CCUGCCUGCGAGAGCGAAGUUUGUUUAGUCCUCGCGCAACCGUCGAGGUAUCACGUGGCGUGUGACGCCUGGUUCAGGGUGAAGCCGAGUUUUUAUUUACUCCUGAUUUGAAAUCGCUGUCGCGUUCGCGUUUCGAACGGACCGGUGAAGAGGAUCGUCGAUAUUUUUCGGCAGAGCGAGUGAGCAGCAUUGAGAAUAAAGUCAAGACCUUCGUAAAGUAAAAAAACAAAAAUAAGAAAUAAAAAUAAAGGAAGGCUUGACGCGUUUGAGAGGCCUUUAUCGCACCUGACGUAUCGACGCAGAAAAACAAAAGACAAUAAUACAAGAUCGAGAAUGGCCGACGCGGAAUUGAGUAACCUUUUAAACAGGAGACAGAGGAUCAACGAGGAACUCGAGGAGGGGAAAGAAGUCAAGAAGGAGUACAAAUACGUGAACGUGUACACGGAAUUCCACGAACUCUCGAGGCGCGAAAUCAAGCAGUACGAGCAGACCUUCAACAGAUUUGACGACGGCCGCGACGGUUUCCUUGAUCUCGCUGAACUCAAACGGAUGAUGGAAGUUCUCGGGGCUCCGCAGACUCAUCUUGGCCUGAAAGCCAUGAUUCAGGAGGUAGACGAGGAUCGUGACAGCCGAAUCUCUUUCCGAGAGUUUCUCCUGAUAUACCGAAAAGCUCGAGCCGGUGAGCUGGACCAGGGAUCCGGGCUGGGACAACUUGCAAGACUGACGGAAGUCGACGUUGACGAAGUGGGCGUAAACGGUGCGAAAAACUUCUUCGAAGCCAAGAUCGACGAGUUACGCAAAGCCAAUAAAUUUGAAGAUGAGAUCCGGAUGGAGCAAGAGGACCGUAAACGCGAGGAAGAAGAAAAAGCUGCCAGACGCGCACAAUUUCGUGAAAAGGCUGCCCUCUUUGGUAAUAAUUGAGAUAAGAAACUGGAAGAAAAUGAGAGAGGAGAAGAGGAGAGUAACGAAACAACAAUAUGUAUGCUAUAAAAGUUGUGAAGAAAAAAAAAAUAGAGCUCCGGAGUCAAAGUAUGCGAUAUAGUUUUGUAAAAUUUCGAUGUAUUGUAAAAUUUUGAUAAUUGUUUGUUGAUAUGAAGCUAGGUGUUAUAUAAUUAUUGAACGCGUUUAUAAAUAUGUUAUAUGUAGAAUGCGUAUAAUUGAAGUUAUCUAUCAGACAUCUUUGCGGUUAUGUUAAAGGUAAAAGGUAUAUGACAACUUGCAACUUGCUCAAAACAAGAGAACGAAUAUAUUAUAAUGUAUAGAUAGAUAGAUAGAUAGAUGUAUAGGUAGAUAACUUCAAGUAAGAUCGUAAUAGUCAAUCUUCGUCAGGAAACAAAAAAAAAAUGUUAGAAAAAAUUAUAUUACAUAUGUAAUAAUACUUUAUCGCAUGUAUAUUGUAUUGCAUAGUUUUAUGCGAAUUGACAUCAGCGGGAAAUUCGCUACGAAAUAUUGCAUUGUAUUAUCGUCGCUAUGUGUAUAAUAAUUUAGACGAGGUUGAUUAUCCAAUUUGAAAUCUUUUCUGUAGGCUGACGCGGUUGUGAAAAGGAAGGAAAAAAAGCUUCGUCAUGAUUUAGUAUAAAUUACGUUGCAUUUAUUUUAGUAAAUAGAAAGAAUUAUUAUAGUUGAAGAAAAGAAAGUUGCCCAGAAUUCAACGUUAGAAAGCAAACGACUGAUAUAGUUAUUAUACAUACAUACCAUACACAUAAUACACAUGUUCUGGUAGAUUUUUAAGAUCGUCAUAUAUAUAAUUCACCCUCGCGAGUUACAUGGAAUUUUAAAAUUAAUGUGAAUGUUCAAGGCAUGACGUGUUAUAAUGUAAAUAAAAUAUUAUUUAAUACGUA